UACAACCCUGCCUGGACUGUCGCGGGAAGCCAAACAAAAAACCGACGAAAAACACUCGGAGUCAGGAAAAUUGUGCGCUGGAAAUUCGGAUAAGAUGGGCGACCGGUACAACAUUCACAGCCAGUUGGAACAUCUGCAGAGCAAGUACAUCGGCACAGGACAUGCGGACACUACAAAGUACGAAUGGUUAACGAACCAGCACCGCGACUCGCUCGCCACCUACCUCGGUCACUGCGAUAUGCUGAGCUACUUCGCAGUCGCCGAAAACGAAUCCAAGGCCCGCAUACGCUUCAAUAUUAUGGAGAAAAUGCUGCAGCCGUGUGGUCCACCACCAGAGAAACCGGAAGAUUAAAUAAACGUGAGGAUUGAACGAAUCCAAAGCCAAAAAACUCUUCUAUUCACCGAUCUUCGG